AUGACAAAAAGAAGUCCCAAAAAGCGUGAUAGAAUUCUGGAUAGAUUCAUCCCAUCCAAAGCUUCAAGAGCCACUUACAGAAUUUACAGACACAGAGAAGCACACUCACCUAGAUCACCUCAAGAUGCCACUGAAUACAGAUUACCUGGUGUUAUAGGCUCUCCUUUACCCAGAAUGAAUGAUAGAAGUACAGUUGGUGGAAUUCAAGAUCAUUCUUUACUUAAUUUAGCAUCAACUUCAAUCCUUGAUGGUAUCACGGCGCUUGGGUCAAGAUCGUCAGGUUAUCUAUAUAAGACCAUGGAGACUGAUAUUGAUGGUCAUAAAGGCGCUAUAGCUGAUGCUUUAAACUUGAAUUACAACAAUAAGGUGUUGAAGUUUGCCGCUAAUGAUUCAAGAGGCUCAAAUGGAAUCAUUAAUGAUGGUUCAUUCAGAGGAACCAGUAGUGGAACUGGCACUGGUGACUCUUCAUAUAUCGACGUUUCUAUCCCAAGUAUCCAUCAAAGUCUAUACAGAGAUGAGUUUAGUCUUAAUGUUGACGAUACUUCACUUUCCUCAACACAUUAUGAUUCAUCACCAAAAUCCAAACAGAGAACAAUCAAAACCAAGAUACCUUGUGACUUAUUAAGUGCUGCUCAUUUAACAAAAGAUUUCUAUACGAAUCUUAUAUCAUGGUCCAGGCUUUCAAAUUCAAUAGCCGUUGGGUUAGCACAUCAAGUUUGUCUUUGGGGUGGUACUGAUUCAGAUUUAAUAGACGCUACAGACCCCCAUGAUGCAGUCACUUCAGUUGGCUUCUCAAAUGAUGAAUAUCUUGCUAUCGGGACCAAACUGGGUAGACUUGUGCUAUAUUCUCAAAUGAUCGGAGGAAUUUUAGACGCCAUUGUUUUGCCAGCAGCAUCACUAAGCACCAUCGAAUGGUUUCCAAAUUCUUCAAGGUAUUUUGUUACGGGUGAUCAAUUUGGUCAAGUUUUUAUCUUUUGUGUUGAACGAGGUGAUUCACCUGGGCUUAAGUUACUCAAGCAAUUUAAAAGUCAACAACAACAAGUUUGUGGAAUAUCGAUUAAUGAUGACUUAAAACAAAUGGCUGUUGGUGGGAAUGAUAAUUGCUGUCACCUAUGGAAUAUUGAAGAUUUAGAAAAUCCGAGAUUAGAAUUCAGUUUACCCCAUCAAGCAGCAGUUAAGGCAAUUGCAUAUUGCCCUUGGUCCAAAUCACUUUUAGCUACAGGUGGUGGUACAAAAGAUAGAACAAUCAGAUUUUGGCAUACAAAAACUGGUACACUAUUACAAUCUUAUAAGACUGAAGGCCAGAUAACUUCAUUAGUUUGGUCAAGAAAUAAAAAGCAAAUAUGUGCUACAUUCGGAUUCUGUGAGGGUCAUUUAAAUGAUACAUUGGUUGGCGUUUAUACAUAUCCCAAGAUGGAAAAAUUGAUCCAGGUUGGUGAUCAGCCAGGUAUUAGAAUCUUAUCAUGUGCACUUUCCCCUGAUUCAACUUCUAUUUGCGUUACUCUGACUGAUGAAACUGUUCGAUUUUAUGAAGUUUGGGAUGCUAAUGGUAACAUUAUUCGUGACUCAACAGAAAAUGGUGUUUUAUAUAGUGACCUUAUUGAAUUGACUGAAGGUAUCACCAAACCCGCUGGAUUCAUCAGAUGA